AUGGCAGGUAUUUUUAACCCUAAUAUUGUCGCAACCUCCUACAAUCGCUAUUCAAGCCAUUCUAACACCCGACUGAAGUCUCCCUUUACGCCUUCUGGAGCCAGGCGCCUUGGCCAAGUCAGACUGCCCGAGCUUCCGUACGCAACUCCCGAAGAUCUACUGGCCUUGAAAAUCAAUAGCUCUGGGCUGCGCGCUACGAUCGAAAAAAGAAGGGUGGAUGCCGCAGAUGCCGAUGCUCUUGCUGAGAUGCUUCUGAGCAGGGGGCCCAUUGUCCUCACUCCCGAGCAGAGAAGGGCCGCCCAAGGUGGACUUGAAGAUCUGCUAAAGUAUAGCACCAAAGAUGAGGCGUGGUGGAGAAGGGCCCUGCAGCUCUAA